CAUUGUCCAUCUGUACACUUAAGAAUAUGAUAAAUAAUCUUUGUAAACAUUACAUGUAGACAAAAGCACACAAAAGGGUCUGCAACAUCUGAGUUAUAUAUUUAUAUGAAAUAUAUAUUUACUUGGUGAUUGGUAGGUUAUAACUUCUCUGCAAGUCCCUUUUACAUGUUUUACUCAACUUCAUGAAGUGCGAUUGCCCAAACAGUAAGGGAAAUCUAGUUAAUGAUUAUGAAACUUUGCUCGCAUAUAAAUAAAUGCUGGCAUUCACUGUGAGGACAAAGACUAUGCUUGUAGUUUGGUGACUUACACUCCAUGUAACUAAGGUUUACCUGCUAAAUUUUUUUGUCUAAGAAAAUAUGGGUACUAUGAACGGACAGUUUUUCAAGGUGAUUUUGCCAGUCACCUUAACCAUUCUGCUGGUGAAUGUCAGAGUUGUUCAGAGUGGGAAGGUUCUUGUCUUUCCUGUGGAUGUUAGUCACUGGGUCAACAUGAACAUCUUGGUUGAAGCACUUCAUGCCAAAGGUCACAAUAUAACAGUCAUGAGGAUGGCAGACAGCUGGUAUAUCAAAGAGUUCUCACCUCACUACACUUCAAUAAAUCUCAAGUCUGCAGGGGGAUUUGGUGAAGACUUCCUCGAGACAUUUGCAUCCAGACUUAUGGCAAUUUUGAGGGAAGGUUCCAUCUGGGGUCGUCUAAAGCUUGAAGCAGAGGUGUGGCAAAGUACUUGGAAGAUGAUUGAAACAGAAAGUGUAAUGAUAGUCAACAUGAUUGAAGACAAGAAGCUAAUGCAGUUGUUAAAAGAUGCCAAGUAUGAUGUUAUUCUCACAGAUCCAACAAUUUUUGGAGGGGUCAUACUGGGUCAUUAUCUCAAACUGCCCAUGGUCUACAAUGCCCGUUGGACAAUUUACAGUGAAGCCCAUUUUGCAGUAGCUCCUUCUCCACUUUCUUAUGUACCUUUUCCAUCUCUGGAAUUAUCAGAUCGUAUGAGUUUCUUGGAAAGAGUAUGUAAUGUAGUAAUGUACACCAUAAUUGAAAUAGGGGCUGCUUUGAUGAUUGCUCCAAUUAAUGAUGCACUCGCUGAACGGUUCAUUGGCUCAGGAACAUCCUACCUUUCUUUAGUUCAGGGAGCUGAUCUGUGGCUCCACAGAGUGGAUUUUGUUUUUGAAUAUCCACGUCCCACUAUGCCAAACAUUGUCUACAUGGCAGGAUUUCAGUGCAAGCCAUCAAAGCCUCUCCCACAAGAUCUGGAGGACUUUGUUCAGAGUUCUGGUGAUCAUGGUGUCAUCAUCAUGUCUCUGGGAACUCUUAUUGGUCAGCUUCCUGAAGAUGUGGCCGAGGCAAUUGCUGAAGCUUUCGCAGAACUUCCACAGAAGAUCGUCUGGAGGUACAAAGGAAAGAGACCAUCUGCACUAGGAAACAACACCUUAAUGAUGGACUGGAUGCCUCAGAAUGAUCUUCUGGGUCAUCCCAAGACCAGAGCUUUUGUGGCACAUGGAGGAACCAAUGGAGUUCAAGAAGCCAUCUACCACGGGGUGCCAAUCAUUGGAUUUGGCCUGAUUUUUGACCAGCCUGACAAUCUUGAAAAAAUGAGAGUGCGAGGUGCAGCGAAGAAUGUAGACUUUGCCACAAUGGAUAGGCAGUCCUUCCUUAAAACGGUCAAAGAGGUUCUUGGUGAUCCCAAAUAUCGGGCGAACAUGCAGAGACUCUCAAGGCUUCACAAAGAUGUUCCAGUGAAGCCUCUGGACAACGCCAUCUUCUGGAUUGAGUUUGUUAUGAGACACAAAGGUGCCGCUCACUUGCGCACGGAGUCGUACAAAAUGCCUUGGUACUCUUAUCACUCUGUUGAUGUUAUUCUGGUGCUGAUUUCUGCUGUGUCACUCUUAAUCCUGACCAUUUAUGCAGUUAUCAGAUAUUUCUGCUGCAGAAUGUGCAUGAGAAAAACAAAAAGCAAACAUGAAUGAUAUUUUUAUUUUUCAUUUUAGUAAAUUACAUUAACAACAUUUUUAAUUUGGUGGGUUAUACAGCAUGGUGUGCAUUCUGUGACAAAUCUGCACUUGAGAGCAUAGACUUACGUGGAACUCUUUUGUUAUACAAUUAUAGAUCUUUGCUGAGGUGCAUUGGUACAAUUUAUGUGUACAAAUUUCUUUUAGAUUAGAGACUUUAUCAACAUACAUACAGUGGCAAUUGUGUAUAUACAGAAUACAACUAAUAAAAACAACUCAAAGUUUUAUAAUUUGGUCAAAGCUUACGUUAUCUCUUAUUUACUGAUUACAAUGCAAUCUAUCAUACAGAAAAUUAGAAGAAGCAAUUUCUUGAAGAAUAAAAACAUUGAGAUAAUAAAAUGACAGCCCAGAUUCUUGAUCUAAACCUGUUGGCUAGCUACAUAAGCACUUAGACUAAUCUUACAA